CCUCCCUUCCAGGCUCAAGUGAGCAGGACCUCCACAGACUUCCGUCACCAUGGACUGGAAGACCCUACAGGGCCUGCUGAGCGGGGUGAACAAAUACUCCACCGCUUUUGGGCGCAUCUGGCUCUCCGUUGUCUUUGUCUUCCGAGUCCUGGUUUAUGUGGUGGCUGCUGAGCGAGUGUGGGGGGAUGAGCAGAAGGAGUUUGAUUGCAACCACCGUCAGCCUGGAUGCACCAACGUCUGCUUUGACCACUACUUCCCCAUCUCCCACACCCGGCUGUGGGCCCUGCAGCUUAUCUUUGUCACCUGCCCUUCGCUGCUGGUUAUAAUGCAUGUGGCCUACCGCGAGGACAGGGAGAGGAAAAACCGGUUAAAGAAUGGAGAGAACUGCCCCAAACUCUACAGCGACACUGGCAAGAAACAUGGUGGCCUCUGGUGGACUUAUGUUCUCACCCUCUUCUUCAAGUUGGCUAUCGAGAUCGUCUUCCUCUACCUCCUGCAUAGGAUAUGGGAGAGCUUUGACAUGCCCAAGCUGGUCAAGUGCGAUCUGAAGCCUUGCCCCAAUGUAGUGGACUGCUACAUCGCUCGGCCAACGGAGAAGAAGAUUUUCACCUACUUCAUGGUUGGGGCGUCUGCCUUCUGCAUCGUCCUCAUCGUCUGCGAGAUUGUCUACCUCAUCUGCAAGCGGGUGUUCCGCUCGAUACAGAAGUGCCAGAAGAAGAAGAGGUCGCUCACCUACAGCAAGGCAUCCACCUGCCAGUGCCAUGCAAGACUGGACCAACCACAUUAUGGGAAAGGGAAGCACACACAGGUGGAGGCCCUCAGAGCCUCCGCACCUAACCUGACUUUGAUCUGAGGCGGCAUGAAAGGACAGAUCCAAAAUGGCCGGCUGCCAUUUGGAUUAUUUCAUUGCGACACACAAGUGGCUUUUGAGGAACAUGGGGCAAGGAAGGGUGAUUUGAAACCGAAGUCUUCCUUCUACAUUGUGUGGCCACCAAAGUUUUCCACAAAGGGGAAGCACCGGCAUGUUUUGCUGAGGCCCAAAGGCAAAGCCUCCUGGCCUGUUUACAUGUUUUUACUAAACUGAAGACGCAUGGUCAAAGCACACACAACACAAGAUGUUGACUUGUAACAAUCCCUGGAAGAAGUUGCAGCCCUUUAGAUCCUAGCAUCUGCUCUUUCUCAGAAGAGAUGAUAGUAUGGGCAGUUGGCUAAGAGAGCCACAUAUGUGAAACAUCUGUUAUGGUCUUCAGAAAACUCCUAGCAACUAAUGACUUAUAGCUCUGAUUCUUUCCUCUGACUCAUUAAAAUGUUUAUAGAGUGUUGCAGAAUCAAUGAAGGGGCGAGGGGGGACUGUUUAGUUAAUGCUGUCCAAAAACAAAUGAUGAGAAGGAAAGGUUGGUUUCAGCUCAACCUUUUCACCAAAAUUUCACCUAAAGGAAAUUCAAAGUUAAUUUGGAGGUUUCACUUCAGGCAGAAUAACUUAGCAAUUUCAAGGAAAGCCAAGAAAAAAAUUCAAGUUGGGGGGAGGCAUUUGCACCAUCUAUAUGUGUGUUUACACGACCAAAGGGGCACAGCCUUAGAUAUCUCUGUAUAGUAGCUUUUUCCAGUCUGCUGCAUUCCAGGUGUUGUUCAAUUCCCAGCCCCAAACAAAAUGGCCAAUAAUCAGGGAUGGUGGGAGUUGUUGUUCAAGAACAUCUGAAAAGCACCAGCUUUGGGAAAGCAUGCGGUAGGGGCUAGCCAAGAACAAAUGCUUUCUUGAUGUCCUGUUUACACCCGCCUCCUCAACCCCAGUGUCUCCAGAUGCUGAGAGACUACAGUUCUCAACACCCCUGGUCAUUGGCCAUGUUUCCCAGGCCUAAUGGGGAAGGAGGGCACAUGACUGGGGAAAACUGAUUACACACUCCUUACCAGACCUUUCCCCAAAGGAAGGAUUGUGCCCAGUGAAGUUCUAUGAGAAUAAUACAAGGACUCUGGGGAUUUCCAGAGAGGAAGCCAUCUUCCUUCCUGGACCAGACUGAGGCACCCUGCAAAGAAGGCUUUAUUCUGGUAGCAGUUCGACUUCCCCUGAAAUCCUGCCUAACAUGAAAUUCCAAAUUGGUUUGAGGGUUCUACUUUGAUGGAAACCUCUGAGGACUUUCAUUGGAAGCCAAAAAGAGUUGUAAUAUGCCUCAUUGGUGGGGUGGACAGUUUGCUUAAGGCCUGAAACUUCAACCAGAUUAGGUUGAAAGCAAAUUUCUAAAUGAGAUUGGAGGUUUCCCCAUAUGCAAAAGAAACCAUAUAAGGGAUUCUGAGGGUGUUGAUGAACUAGAGCCGUUUCUCAGGUGGGCUUCCUAUCUUUUUUGUAAGAGUUCUGUACUGCUUGGCAAAUAUAAGGUGAUCAUUUAUGCACUACCAAAAAAAAAAAAAGAGGAUGAAAGAAUGAAGUGCUUUACAUAAAAUUUGCACAUGUUAA